CAGAUGAGGGCCUAAACCGAAGCAAGAGACUUUAAAUGCUGUCUGGCUGCAGUGUGCAUGAUGUGAGAGCUGAGAGUCAGUGUUAAACUAAUGAGAAAACAAGUGAUCCGGUGUGAUCUGAGAUCAACUGUGUUUAUAUGUGCUGUUAGGGAGUUGUUUUAGUGAACGCGGAUCGCUCCUGUGGCAGCACUGGCAGCAGAACCAGUAGUAAUAAUAACAGACGUGAUUUGUUAGGUGGGGGGUUCAAUGUUCCAAAUAUUGCAGACUGACGCAGCUAGAGACCAUCGGGGAUUAUUUAUAGAUAAUUCUAGUGAUAUUUAGCGCCUGAUUUGUCGACUGUUGAUGCGUGUUAAUCGGUUAGGAGAGCUGAGGCUUGUUUGCACUGCGGCUUUGUUAUUAUUCCGCGCUGUAUAGAGAAACACGAAGCGUUUAAUAGUCGGAGCGUCGAGUUACCUCACUUCACAUUGACAGACUAGUGUAAAGCUUAUAUUAGGUUAAAAUGGAUGAUUUUAGUUCUAUUAGUCUGCUCUCCAUCUCCAUGUUAGUGGGCUGCUAUGUGGCAGGAACUAUUCCACUGGCUGUGAACUUCUCUGAGGAAAAGCUGAAGCUGGUGACGGUGUUGGGUGCAGGGCUGUUAUGUGGUACUGCGCUGGCUGUUAUCAUACCUGAGGGAGUGCAUGCACUCUAUGAGGAGGUGCUGGAAGCCGGACACCAUCAUGCUCACGGCCAGGCCGAGGUGUCUGCUCCAGGACAGAAAGUGGCCGAAGGGACAAGUCAUGACCACGCCCCCGGUCACGAGCAGCUCCACGCCUUUAUCGGUGUCUCUCUAGUCUUGGGUUUUGUCUUCAUGCUGCUGGUGGACCAGAUUGGCAGCUCUCACAUGCACAGCAGUGACGAUCCUGAGGCAGCGAGAGCUGCUAGCUCAAAAAUCACUACAACACUUGGUUUGGUCGUCCAUGCGGCAGCUGACGGAGUUGCACUUGGAGCAGCAGCUUCUACCUCUCAGACUAGUGUCCAACUCAUUGUGUUUGUGGCCAUUAUGCUUCAUAAGGCUCCUGCUGCCUUUGGCCUGGUCUCCUUCCUCAUGCAUGCAGGUUUAGAGAGGAACCGAAUCAGGAAACACCUGCUGGUUUUUGCCUUGGCUGCUCCUGUUCUUGCAAUGCUCACCUUUCUUGGUCUAAGCCAGAGCAGUAAGGAGGCGCUGUCUGAUGUCAACGCCACCGGAGUGGCGAUGCUCUUCUCGGCUGGCACAUUCCUAUACGUGGCCACGGUGCACGUCCUUCCCGAGGUGGGAGGCAUGGGCGGGCACAGCCACUCGGGUGGAGGAGGCGGGGGGAAAGGACUGACCAGGGUGGAGGUGCUGGCACUCGUUCUGGGCUGCCUCAUCCCGCUGGUGCUGUCUGUCGGCCACCAGCACUAGAAUAACUUUGAAUGACCGACGGCAAUGAGAAACUGUUAUCGACUGUAAACAGGAGACAAGGGGGCUGAACUUUGAACAAAUGACGUAAACAGAUUGGAGAUGGAUUCCACUCGUCAUCUCUCUCGCAGUGAUUCUGAUCUCUGGUACGCACAUGGACUUAUCAAAGAGAGUUGGGUGACAAUGUGAUCACAUGACCAUAAAUCUAUGUCUUAAAUAACAGACUUUUCGGCUUAGUAAUGUGUGCUGCCAGCAAGCACGACAUGAACGAAUGCCAUCAUGGGUUCAUGAUUUUUGUUUUAAAUGUAUUUUUUUCAUAUUUCUGUGGGUCAGUUUUCUAAGUGCAUUGUCAGAAUGCUUCAUUUUCUGUUUAACAAAUGUAACAGUGACCUAAACCGUUAAUGGAAUUUUUUUAAACUUAAGGGACAGCUGUAGUGGAUCUAGGUAGUGAUUCGAUACGAGGUGCCGACUUUUUUCCUGGCAUUGCAAUUGCACAUACUUAGACUUUUUUUUUUUAACUUUUUUUUCUACACACCAGUAUAAAUCAAAGGAAAUAACUCAUUAUCCAAGUGUUAGCCAUUCAAACAUUAGAUGAGACUAAGCAUCUGAACAGUAUAGAAGUACCCCAUAGAUGAUAGCAAUAUACUUUUUUGUUUUUUAAGUUUGUGCUUGAUAGUAUUUUCUAUAAUAGCAAAGUUUUAGUACAUUGAUUGAGCAGACCAGUCAAGGAGGACCUUAUGCUGAUCAUGUUAAAAUGUUUUUUUUUUUUCCUUUCUAAAUAACUAUUGGGACGUUUUCACA